UUCCGGGUGGGCGCCUUUCAUCAGCAGGGAAACACGGAUCCUUACCGCGGUGGAAAGAGGCGGAAAAGUUCAUUGACGAAAGCGGACUCGAUCCGGAGGAGAGGGGAGUUUGUCAGGAUACACGGAGGUGAAUUAUGAAUGGAGUUCGGGUGCAUCUGGUCGUUAAGGCUCCCUAGAGGGGCUCAGCACUGAGGGGAAUUGCUGAAAAAUAACACAUUCAUUGCAAAAGCGGAUAAAGUACAAUUAUGAACAUUUUGAUAAUUUCAUUGUGACAAGGGGGUAUAGUUUUGGACCCCAAUUUCUGUUGUAACGAAAAAGGUCGAUGCAUGUUGGCGCGUUUUGGUGAAGGGUUUAUCUGAAGUUGCGGUCGGAAUAUCGGGGUAAUACAGAAAUUGUCGAGUAUCAUGGCCGACCGGACCGCUCCCCGUUGCCAGCUGAGAUUGGAGUGGGUUUACGGGUACAGGGGGCACCAGUGCCGCAACAACCUGUAUUACACCGCCGGUAAAGAGGUGGUGUACUUCGUGGCCGGGGUCGGCGUGGUUUACAACACCAGGGAGCACACGCAGAAGUUUUACCUGGGACACAACGAUGACAUUAUCAGCCUCGCCCUGCAUCCGGAUAAAACUCAGGUUGCUACUGGCCAGGUGGGGAAGGACCCAUACAUCUGCGUGUGGGACACAUACAACAUGCAGACCACCUCCAUCCUGAAGGACAUCCACACCCACGGGGUGGCCUGCCUGGCUUUCGACUCGGAUGGACAGCGAUUGGCGUCAGUGGGCCUUGAUGCCAAGAACACGGUGUGCGUGUGGGACUGGAAGAGGGGCAAAGUGCUGGCUACGGCGACCGGGCACUCGGACAGGAUCUUUGACAUCACCUGGGACCCGUACCAGCAGCACAGGAUGGUGAGCUGCGGGGUGAAGCACAUCAAGUUCUGGUCCCUGUGUGGAAAUGCCCUGACCCCCAAGCGAGGGAUCUUCGGUAAGGUGGGCGACCUGCAGACCAUCCUGUGCUUGGCCUCCUCUAAGGACGACGUCACGUACUCGGGGGCGCUCAACGGGGACGUCUAUGUGUGGAAGGGCAUGAACUUGGCGCGCACCGUACUGUCGGCACAUGGGGCGGGGAUUUUCAGCAUGUACGCCUGCGAGGAGGGCUUUGCCACCGGGGGUCGAGACGGCUGCAUACGUCUGUGGGACACAGACUUCAAGCCCAUCACCAAAAUCGACCUCAGGGAGGCUGAGCAGGGGUAUAAAGGUCUGUCCAUCCGCAGCGUCUGCUGGAGGGCGGACCGCAUCCUGGCGGGAACGCAGGACAGCGAGAUCUUCGAGGUGAUGGUGCGUGACCGGGACAAACCGCUGCUCAUCAUGCAGGGCCACUGCGAGGGCGAGCUCUGGGCGAUGGACGUGCACCCCAAGAAGCCUCUCGCGGUCACCGGGAGCGACGACCGCUCUGUCAGGCUGUGGAGCCUCGUGGACCACGCCCUCAUCGCCCGCUGCAACAUGGAGGAGGCCAUACGCAGCGUGGCCUUCAACGGCGACGGGUCGCAGCUGGCUUUGGGCAUGAAGGAUGGCUCGUUCACCGUGCUCCGCGUUAGGGACAUGACCGAGGUGGUCCACAUCAAGGACAGGAAGGAGGUCAUCCACGAGAUGAAGUUCUCGCCCGACGGCGCCUACCUGGCGGUGGGCUCCAACGACGGCCUGGUGGACGUCUACGCCGUGUCCCAGCGCUACAAGAAGGUGGGAGAGUGUAACCGUUCCAGUAGCUUCAUCACGCACCUCGACUGGUCCGUGGACAGCAAGUUCCUGCAGACCAACGACGGCGCCAGCGAGCGCAUCUUCUACAGGAUGCCCUCUGGGAAGCAUGUGACAUCCAAAGAGGAGACCAAAGGGAUCCACUGGGUUUCCUGGACGUGUGUCAUAGGGCCAGAGGUCAGUGGGAUCUGGCCAAAAUACACCAACAUCAACGACAUCAACUCCGUAGAUGCCAACUACAACAGCGCCGUGCUGGUGACCGGUGACGACUUCGGUCUCGUCAAGAUCUUCCGUUUCCCAUGUCUGAAAAAAGGUGCAAAAUUCAAGAAGUACAUUGGCCACUCUGCCCAUGUGACCAACGUACACUGGUCACAUGACCUACAGUGGGUGCUGAGUACCGGGGGGGCGGACCACUCGCUUUUCCAGUGGAGGUUCCUGCCGGAAGGCGUCAUGAAUGGCGUCCUGGAGCCGCUUCUCCAAGAGGGAUACCCGGAUUCCAACAGCGAAGAGUCAGACUCAGAUCUCUCUGAUGUCCCCGAGCUGGACUCUGAUAUAGAACAGGAGGCCCAGAUCAACUACGACCGACAGGUGUACAAGGAAGACUUACCCCAGCUGAGGCAGCAGAGCCGGGAGAGGAGGCAGCCAGCCAGCUCCCUGAAGCGGCAGCGGCCCCCGGACGAGGGGCUCCGGCUCCAGUUUGUUCACGGGUAUCGCGGAUACGACUGCCGGAACAACCUGUUCUACACGCAGACGGGCGAAGUGGUGUACCACGUGGCUGCAGUGGCUGCCGUCUACAACCGACAGCAGCACUCGCAGCGGUUCUACCUGGGGCACGACGACGACAUCCUCAGCCUAGCUGUACACCCACUCAAGGACUACGCCGCUACCGGCCAGAUGGGCCGUGAUCCAGCCAUCCAUGUGUGGGACAUCCAGACCCUGAAGUGUCUGUCGCUCCUGAAAGGCCACCACCAGAGAGGGGUGUGUGCUCUCGACUUCUCUGCGGAUGGGAAGACCCUGGUGUCUGUAGGCAUUGAUGACAGCCACUCUAUAGUGGUGUGGGACUGGAAGAAGGGGGAGAAGCUGGCGACGGCGAGGGGUCAUAAAGACAAGCUGUUUGUGGUCAAGUGCAGCCCCUUUCAAAUGGACAAGCUGGUCACGGUGGGGAUCAAGCACAUCCGCUUCUGGCAACACGCAGGUGGGGGCCUCACCUCUAAGCGGGGGGUCUUCGGCAACCUGGGCAAGCCGGAGACGAUGAUGUCGGUGUGCUACGGCCGAGGGGAGGACCUGGUCUUCUCGGGGGCCGCCACCGGGGACGUUUACAUCUGGAAGGAGGUUGUGCUUCUGAAGACCAUCAAAGCCCACGAUGGACCUGUGUUCGCCAUGUAUUCCUUAGACAAGGGGUUUGUCACAGGUGGAAAGGACGGCGUGGUGGAGCUGUGGGACGACAUGUUCGACAGGUGCCUGAAGACCUUCGCCAUCAAGAGAGCAGCACUCUCCUCUGGAUCCAAAGGGUUGCUGCUGGAGGACAAUCCCUCCAUCCGUGCCAUCACUCUGGGCCACGGCCACAUCCUGGUGGGCACCAAGAAUGGAGAGAUACUUGAAAUCGACAAGAGCGGCCCCAUGACUCUGCUGGUUCAGGGUCACAUGGAGGGGGAGGUAUGGGGCCUGGCGGCCCACCCCAUGCUCCCCAUCUGUGCCACAGUGAGCGACGACAAGACCCUCCGCAUCUGGGAGCUCUUCCCCAAUCACCGCAUGGUCGCUGUCCGCAAGCUCAAAAAAGGAGGACGGUGCUGUGCCUUCUCCCCUGACGGAAAAGCUCUGGCAGUUGGCUUAAAUGACGGCAGUUUCCUGGUAGUCAAUUCGGACACUCUGGAGGACAUGGUGUCCUUCCAUCACAGGAAGGAGAUCAUCUCCGACAUCAGGUUCUCACAAGAUGCUGGGAAGUAUCUAGCUGUGGCUUCACACGACAAUUUUGUAGAUAUCUACAACGUGCUGACCAGCAAGAGGGUGGGCAUCUGCAAGGGAGGGUCCAGCUACAUCACGCACAUUGACUGGGACACCCGCGGUAAAUUGCUUCAGGUUAAUUCCGGUGCCAAAGAGCAUUUGUUCUUCGAGGCCCCAAGAGGAAAGAGACAGACCAUUCGAACCACUGAUAUCGAGAGGAUGGAAUGGGCCACCUGGACAUGCGUACUGGGCCCCGCCUGCGAGGGCAUCUGGCCCACGCACAGCGACAUCACGGACGUCAACGCUGCCUCGCUCACCAAAGACAGGAACCUGCUGGCCACUGGGGAUGACUUUGGCUUCCUGAAGCUCUUCAGCUACCCAGUCAAGGGUCAAUAUGCCAAAUUUAAGAAGUACAUGGGUCACAGUGCCCAUGUGACCAACGUGCGCUGGGCCCAGGAUGACGCCACGCUGCUGACGGUGGGCGGAGCCGACACGGCGCUCAUGAUCUGGGCACGCGAGGCCACGGGGAACCGCGAGCCCAAGCCCGUGGACAGCGAGGAGUCCGACGACGACACCGACGAGGACGGAGGCUACGACAGCGAUGUGGCCAGGGAGCGGAGCAUCGAUUACACCACCAAGAUCUACGCCGUCAGCAUCCGAGAGAUGUCUGGUACCAAGCCACACCAGCAGCAGAAGGAGGUGUCACCAGAGGAGAGGCAGGGAAUUGUCAAGGGAUCCAGGCCUCCCGUGAGUCGAGCUGCCCCCCAGCCAGAAAAACUACAAAAGAACAACGUUUUAAAGAAGAAGAAGCUGGUGGAGGAACUGGUGCUAGACCAUGUGUUCGGAUACAGGGGCUUCGACUGUCGCAACAACCUGCAUUACCUCAACGAUGGCGCCGACAUCGUCUUCCACACGGCGGCAGUGGCCAUAUUGCAGAGCCUGUCCACAGGAACCCAGAGCUUCUACCUUGAACACACAGACGACAUCCUCUGCUUGACUGUCAAUCAACACCCUAAGUAUAAGAAUGUCAUUGCCACCGGACAGAUAGGCGAUGUCACAGACCUGCCAGGGACCACCCCAUCUGUCCACAUCUGGGACGCCAUGAGCAAGCAGACUCUCUCCAUCCUGCGCUGUUCCCACACCAAGGGCAUUGGCUACAUCAACUUCAGCGCCACGGGAAAACUGCUGCUGACAGUCGGCGUCGAGCCUGAACACACCAUUACCGUGUGGCGCUGGCAGGAAGGUGCCAAAGUGACGAGCAGAACAGGCCACAUGGACCGCAUCUUCGUGGUGGAGUUCCGGCCCGACUCGGACUCGCAGUUUGUGUCCGUGGGCGUGAAGCACGUCAAGUUCUGGACGCUGGCGGGGGGCUCGCUGAUGUACAAGAAGGGGGUGCUGGGCUGCCUGGAGGGGGCGCGGAUGCAGAGCAUGCUGUCAGUGGCCUUCGGUGCUAACAACCUCACUUUCACGGGUGCAAUAAACGGAGAUGUGUACGUGUGGCGGGAGCACUUCUUGGUGCGGGUGGUGGCCAAGGCACACACAGGACCUGUGUUCACCAUGUACACCACGCUGCGGGACGGCCUGAUCGUCACCGGCGGGAAGGAGAGGCCAACGAAGGAGGGCGGGGCCGUCAAGCUGUGGGACCAGGAGCUGAAGCGGUGUCGGGCGUUCCAGCUGGAGACGGGCCAGCCGGUGGAGUGUGUGAGGUCUGUGUGCCGCGGCAAGGGCAAAAUCCUGGUGGGCACCAAGGACGGCGAGAUCAUCGAGGUGGGAGAAAAGAACGCCGCCUCCAACAUCCUGAGCAACGGGCACAUGCAGGGGGAGAUCUGGGGUCUGGCCACACACCCAGCCAAGGACAUGUUUAUCUCCGCCAGCGACGACGGGACCAUCCGUAUCUGGGAGCUGGCCGACAAGAAACUGCUGAACAAGGUGAGUCUGGGGCAUGCAGCCAAGUGUGCCAAUUACAGCCCCGACGGCGAGAUGGUCUCCAUCGGCAUGAAGAACGGAGAGUUCAUCGUCCUGCUCGUCAACUCGCUCAAGGUGUGGGGCAAGAAACGGGACCGCAGCACAGCCAUCCAGGACAUCCGCUUUAGCCCCGAUAACCGCUUCCUGGCCGUGGGCUCAGUGGAGAAGACGGUCGACUUCUACGACUUGACUUUGGGGCCGUCGCUCAGCCGCAUCGGCUAUUGUAAGGACAUCCCCAGCUUCGUCAUCCAGAUGGAUUUCUCUGCUGACAACAAGUACAUUCAGGUGUCCACAGGUACAUACAAGCGACAGGUACACGAGGUGCCCACGGGGAAGCUGGUGACAGAGCAGCCGCUUGUAGAGAGGAUCACCUGGGCCACGUGGACGAGCACCCUGGGAGAGGAGGUGCUGGGCAUCUGGCCUCGCAACGCGGAGAAAGCGGACGUGAACUGUGCCUGCGUCUCACACGCCGGACUGAACGUGGUCACUGGCGAUGACUUCGGCCUUGUCAAACUCUUUGACUUCCCCUGCACUGAGAAAUUUGCCAAACACAAGCGAUACUUUGGGCACUCUGCUCACGUGACCAACAUACGCUUCUCCUACGACGACAAAUACGUGAUAAGCACAGGAAGCGAUGACUGCAGAUGCUGCACCCGAAUCUCCGUCACGUCAAACAAGGACGCCGACGGCCCGCGCGAGCUAAGGGGAAUCGGCCUGGACUUAGCGCUGUGCAAUAACCUUCUACAGAACCAGAAGCGGGCCGCCACACCACGACAUGCCAUGUACGCGGAGGGCCUGCUUCACCAAACCACACUCUCGCCACAGACGUUUUUUUUUAUAGCAAUCUGCUAAAUUUAAAAGAAAAAAACCUGUUUACAUUCCCAUCCGCUUUCCACAAAGUGGCAAACCCUUAAUUCCCAUCCCCUUGCUUGUGACCACUGAGAGCUACAUGUGAGAUCUUUCAUUUCAGGCCAUUAUUUUUUAAUUAUGUGAAAGCCUUUAUUUUGACAGUGAAACAUAAGUGCCUUUUGUAGCUUUUUUUUGUAUUGUAUCCCUUCAGUGUCAUGGUUCUGAUUGUUUUGUACACCUCUGGUGCUAUUAGAUUGCAUAUCGAGGGCUCUCAAUAGUGUUAAGAAUUAGUUAUUUGAUAUGCAGGAAAGGAGUUUUUUUUUUUGCACAACACCUAGUCGUCCAUAUUUCGUUACAUAUUGAUAGCUAGCUCUUCCUCUAAUAUCCAAAUAUCACAGGGAAAGCUCAGGACUCACUCCAGGCACAAGUACUGUACUUUUAAAUAGCUAACUGGGGGGGUGUCCCUUUUUACGCAUGUCAACAACUGCAACAAACUGCAUUCCUUAAGUAACAAAGGAGAUCGUCCGCCAGGGAACGGUAGUGACAAAGGUCAUGGUAAUAGUGCAAAGAUAAUAGUGCUACUGGUACAAGUGAACGAAGCAACCUUCAGCUGUCCACUUCGUCACAGAACUUCCUGUGCAGAAAAGGAAGUACAGACACACCAAAGCUGAACUAUGCAGCCUGUACUCUGACAGUCGUCUCUGCUCUCCUACCCCCUGUCUGUGCCGUCCGAUAAUCAGCCUGUGCCGUGACGUCUCACUGUAUCUAGCUACCGCGUGAAAGCAAACUGUAAUGAACGUUGUGUGGGUCCCUACUGAAUAUUGAUCUUUGUCCACUGUUUUUACAUUUUGUACGUUUUUUUCUAUGUAAACGAUUUGUCUAGCGUGUCCUGAACUUGAUUGUAUUAUAAUUGUAAAUUAGAGAAAUUCUCUGUGCAUGAAAAUUUAUUUUUCAAAUUUAAAAAUGUGUUAAGCGGAAACGAAUGGGGCAAAGUUAUUGUAUGAAUGAGGGUUUUUUUUUUUAAUUAAUGUAACUGAAUGUGCAAAGUAAUGUUCUAUCCACAGUAAAGAGAUGGUUACGUGAGUCUGGUCUUCUGGCUGCACUUUGGUGGCUUUAAGUAGAUGGAGAGAAAACAAAUUCCCCUUUUAUUAGGCCCAACACUGUAUUACAAUAAGCCACAAUUCAUGGUGAGCGCUGGUAGUCACUAACACAGCGUUUCCCAAUGCGGUCCAUAUUUUUGCUCCCUCCCUGAGGGAGCAAAAACGUGGACCGACUGUGGGUCCUCAAGGACCGCAUGGGGAAACACUGCACUAACAAAUGGGUUGUUGUGAGAAUAACAGCACUCAAGGCCACACAGCAAGGCCCUUACAGCCCAGCACCUCCAGAGAGCAAGUUGGGGGAGGCCAUGAAGAAAAUUUCCCUACAGGGAUGAGUCAGGGGUGGCCAAUCUUACCCGCAAAGGGCCGGUGUGUGUGCGCAGGUUUUCGGGAUAACCUGUAGGUCAGCCGUUGAAACCAAACCCAGGUGUGAGGACCCUUCAGCCAAUCAGUCCUCUAAUUAGUAAUAUAAUUAGGGAGCUGCAGUGAAAACACACCUGUGCAGAUCAGCCAUCCCUGACUUAAGUAUUUAUUAAUCUUAGCCAUGACUCUACACAUUACGAGGAAGAAAAUGAGAAUUACACCUAAGUUCUGCACUGGCAGCCAUAGCACCUGCAGUUCAGACUGGAUAAUCCACCUGAAGCUAAGCAGGGUUGGGCCUGGUCAGAACUUGGAUGGGAGACUGGAAGAG